AUGGUGAGGCUUGUGCUACCCAAUCCAGGCUUGGAGAAUAGGAUAACGACACUUGAGGAGCUUGAGAUCAUUGAAAAAGAAGAGGCAGGUUCAAGACCCAAAUGGGACAACAAGGCACAAUACAUGUUAACAUGUGUUGGCUUUUGUGUGGGGUUAGGAAAUGUGUGGCGAUUCCCUUACCUCUGCCAGAGCCAUGGAGGAGGGGCCUUCAUGAUCCCAUUCCUCAUUCUGCUGGUCCUUGAGGGGGUCCCCUUGCUUUAUCUGGAGUUUGCCAUUGGACAAAGGCUAAGGAAGGGCAGUGUUGGUGUCUGGAGCUCUAUCCAUCCUGCACUUAAGGGAGUAGGCAUCGCCUCCAUGUUUGUCUCCUUUAUGGUAGGCUUGUACUACAACACCAUCAUUGCCUGGGUCAUGUGGUAUUUCUUCAACUCUUUCCAAGAUCCUUUGCCUUGGAGCACUUGCCCACUCAACCAAAACAGAACAGGUUAUGUAGAGGAAUGUGCCAAGAGUUCUUCGGUGGAUUAUUUUUGGUAUCGAGAAACUUUAAAUAUUUCUACCUCCAUUAAUGACUCGGGACAUAUUCAGUGGUGGAUCCUGCUGUGUUUGACCUGUGCUUGGAGUGUCCUUUAUGUGUGCAUCAUCAGGGGUAUUGAAACAACUGGAAAGGCUGUGUACAUCACAUCAACUCUUCCUUAUAUUGUCUUGACCAUCUUCCUUAUCCGUGGCUUGACGCUGAAGGGGGCCACCAAUGGAAUUGUCUUCCUCUUCACACCCAAUGUCACAGAACUGGCUAAUCCAGAAACCUGGAUGGAUGCUGGCGCCCAGGUGUUCUACUCAUUCUCUCUGGCCUUUGGAGGCCUCAUUUCCUUCUCCAGUUACAAUUCUGUGCACAACAACUGUGAGAUGGAUUCUGUGAUUGUUUCUGUGAUCAACGGCUUCACGUCUGUUUAUGCCGCGACCGUGGUGUAUUCCAUCAUUGGAUUUCGGGCCACAGAGAGAUAUGACAACUGCUUCAGUCAAAACAUCCUGACCUUGACCAAUGGAUUUGAUUUGCCUGAAGGUAAUGUCACACAGGACAACUUUGAAGAAAUGAAAGCUUGGUGUAAUGCAACCAACCCCGCUGCAUUUGCACAGUUGACUUUUGCGACGUGUGACAUGAAUUCUUUUCUAUCAGAAGGAGUAGAGGGAACUGGUUUAGCCUUCAUUGUCUUCACUGAAGCCAUCACCAAAAUGCCGCUUUCACCUCUAUGGUCUGUCCUCUUCUUCAUAAUGCUAUUCUGUUUGGGCUUAUCAUCUAUGUUUGGAAAUAUGGAGGGUGUAGUUGUUCCCCUGUUGGACCUCAAGGUCAUCCCUGAAAAAUGGCCUAAAGAACUUCUAACAGGUCUCAUCUGUUUGGGGACGUACCUCAUUGCCUAUGUUUUCGCUCUGAACUCCGGACAAUACUGGCUCUCUCUGCUAGAUAAUUAUGCUGGAUCCAUCCCGCUGCUCAUCAUCGCCUUUUGUGAGAUGUUUGCAGUCGUUUACGUUUACGGAGUAGACAGGUUUAAUAAGGAUAUUGAGUUUAUGAUUGGUCAUAAGCCAAAUAUCUUCUGGCAAAUCACCUGGAGAGUAGUCAGUCCUGUCAUCAUGUUAGUUAUAUUCCUGUUCUAUUUGGUGAUAAACAUCAAUGAGGAGCUGACAUACAGCGUCUGGAACCCUGAAUAUGAGGAUUUUCCUAAAUCAGAAAAAAAGGCUUCUCCUGGCUGGGUCUACGCUAUUGUGGUUUUUGUGGCUGGAGUCCCAUGCCUCAUCAUCCCCUUGUUCGCCCUCUACAAGUUCAUCAGGAAUCGCUGUCAAAAGAAGCAUGACCAGCAAGGCCUCGUCAGCGCCUACUCCAUUCCAUCCGUGAAUGGAGAUGUAAAGAAUUAAGCUGCAGCAUGCUUCCCGGGGAAGUGGGGACAGGUUCUUGAUUGGAAAGGGAAAAGAAAAAAAGCAAUACCAGGCACAUUGGAAUGACUAGACCCUCAUGGCAUAAAUCUUGCUGGGGGUGAGCCUCCAGGCAAACACUCCAGUCUGUGUGACAAAUGGAGAUUCUUGUGUGCCUUAUAAACUGGGGACCUCUCCAUGCUAGGAACUGAAGGGAUUGCCACUGUUCAAUUUAAUUUAACCAACAUUUAUUAAAUGCUUGCUCAAUACCAGGCGUUGUGCUAGGUGCUAGGGAUACGAAGUCACAGCCAUGUAUAUUGUGAUAUCCUGGGGUGAACACCAUUGAAUGUCCAGUGACUGAAAUGUGACGCUGAGGCUGCUGGAUUUUGUUUGCUUGUGGACUGCUAGGGAGAUGGGAGGAAACAUUCAAUACCUCUAUUCUCUAUUACUACACGUACCCCAUUUCUGUUUGUGGGAGGUACCUGUCGAUAGCAAAACUUCCGCAAGAUUUUAAGUGGAAGGCUUUUCCUGCAGAGAAACUUUAACCCUGAAUCACAGAAUCUCAGCAUUACCAAGCAUGACCUCUGAGGCCAUCUCAUCCAAUCCAUCCUGAACCAAGGAUUCCCUCAACAGCAUUCUGGAUAAGUGGUGCUCUGGCUUCUGCUUCUGAAGAUAUCCAGGGAGCGAGAACUCACCACUUCCUGAGGCAGUCAAUGCCAUGUUUGGAGAGGUCUGUUUGUUAGGAAGUUUUCCUCACAUCAAGUCAAAGUAUGUCUUUUUCCAUCUUUUGGCCUGUUGCUCCUAGUUCUGCUCUCUGGUGUCAAGCAGAAGAAAUCAAAUCCAUUUUCUACCCUGUUCCAUCUUGUAGAAAAAAAAUCUUCUGCAGAAAGAGUGGCCUCGGGCCUAGGAGCUGGACCACCCUGGAACCUUGAUUCCAGGAUCGUUACCUAGAAAUAAUCAGAGAUUGGCAGUUCUACCAAUGUGUUUGUGCAAGUUUUGCAGUUCUGGAUACCCCCUCCCCAAAAUUCCUGAGUUUGUUUACAACCCUUUGACUGACUGGACGUUAACUACACUUAAUCACCGUUGCUAGCUUUCACAAAUAGAUAAACAAUUAAGUAAUGCCUCUCUUCCCAGGAGGCAAGGAGGAAUGUGCCCUUAGAGUUUGGCUAAGGGAACAUUAACAUUCUUGUAAUGAGUAAUUCGAUGUGAAUUUUUAGCCAGGUUACCUUUGGAAGAAAGAAGGGUUAUAUACUAACUCAGCCACCAACUCAACUCACAUAGUACCAAGAACACUUGACAUACUUUCUCAGUGACUUAGAAGGAUGCAUUUUCUCUCUAAAAUUCACACCCUAAAUAUGUAUCCAAGUGGACUGGUAUUUUGAGGGAUGGCUUUAACAAACUGUUUGCUUUUUAUUCUAGCUGACCAAAUCAGUUUAUUCCCUAAGAAAUCUAGAAGCCAUUUAAAUGAAAGAGAAAUGUCUGAAAAUACCGCCUGUUCAGGGGCAUAGUAUUUUGGGGAGGGUAUAGUUGUCAACACCUGGGUUAGUAGCUUUCUUCUCUCUAUGGGUCUUCCAUGUCUUUAUUGGAGGCAAGUUAGAGAGAGUUGGAGUAGCUUCCAUAUUUAUGCUCAUAAAAGCCCUAGGCAUGUUGGCUGUGGUGGUGGUGGUGGUAGGGACCACAGCAAAUCAAGUGGAGAGGGGUUUGUGAAAGAUCAUGGAGCAGCCAAGGUUCUUACCACUUCAAAUUUUCCAUCUCCAUCAUUGAGCUAGUGAGUAAUAUUUUAAAGUCUCCAUAAUAAUGUAUUCCAACAGCCAUGGGAACAUUUCAAAGUCCUGACAUUAAUUCUUUAAGUCAUCAUAUUCCAAGGGGCAAUGGUUCCUAAAGGAGAAAUUACACUUUUGGUUUUUUAAUGGUAUGGUUUAUGAAUUUUAAAAGAAAGCUGUCCAUGAUGGCAAUUCCGGGCCAAGAAUAUUCAGUCUCCACAGAAUUCUAGACAGGCAACCCUGGAAGGAGCUUUAGAGAACAGCUGAUCCAACAUUCUUAUUUUGCAGAUCAGGAGACAGACACAGAGAAGGGAAAUAUUUUGUCCAAGAUCACAGCUAGCAAAUGGCAGAGCCAGGACUCAAAUCCAGAUCUCCUGCUCUACAUCAUCCAGAUGCCCUCUUACUGUGUCUAUCUCCUCAUAUGCACGUGAAUACAGUGAUGCUUUCUACGUGCUCUUCUCCAAGUUUUUUAGGCCUGCCAUUAAAAAAAAAGGAAGGACAUGCAUUACUCUAAUUGAUCCACCUGUACACUAUGCUUAUUGCUCUUGGUAACUAUAUAUGAAACUUCUGGAAAAUUCUUGGCACAUCCAUCUUUGCUAAUUAGGAUCACUUCCCAGGGAGUUAAAUGCUGUCACUGCUAAAGAUUGCCAGUCAUACCAGAUGUAGCCUAGACAAUGAAACUGGAGUCAUAGCCUGGCAUAUUUCUAAAUUUGUAAAUGACAUGCUUGUUUUCUUGUGUAGGUGUAAAAAAACC